CGAACGGUCACACUCGUAGUAUUGUUUUUUUCGCGAAUUCAAUUGCAGUUUUUUCGCAACCUUUUAAAUUAAAAGCAAUAAUCGGAAGGGCCAAUUGCUAGACCGCAGCUCCGGGGACACGGGCAAGGAAAUCAUGACCGAGAAGUACGACGGCAACGGUGACUUUUCCGCCUUCAAUGACGAUGACAACGACUUCGGCGGCAAGCCUCGCAAAUCUGGAGGUUCCGUUGGAGCACCAGGAGGCGCCCACAACGGCGACAGUUCCGCCCACGACCACGGCCAUCACGGCGGAGAUCCCGGCGGCAGUGUCCAGAUAAACGAGAAGGCCAAUGAGUACAUACGCGAUUGUAUGGCCGAGCGAAAUCGGAUGGACAGGAAGUUCCCCAUUGCCGAGAAGCUGCUGGAGGGCGAGAUCGAAAAAGUCCAGACCACGGGAAGGAUCCCUUCCCGAGAGCAGAAAUACGCAGAUAUCUAUAGAGAGAAACCCCUGCGGAUCUCACAAAGAGUACUAGUGCCUAUUAGAGAGCAUCCUAAGUUCAACUUCGUUGGCAAACUGCUGGGACCCAAGGGCAACUCCCUUCGUCGUCUGCAAGAAGAGACCCUUUGUAAGAUGACCGUCCUCGGCCGCAACUCCAUGCGCGAUCGCGUCAAGGAGGAGGAACUGCGCAGCUCCAAGGACCCCAAGUACGCUCACCUCAACAGCGACCUGCACGUGGAGAUAUCCACAAUAGCGCCGCCAGCCGAAGCCUACGCCCGAAUUGCCUACGCCAUGGCGGAGCUGAGGAAGUACCUCAUACCAGACAGCAACGACAUCAUCCGACAGGAGCAACUGCGAGAGUUGAUGGACAGCACUAGCCUAAAUGACAACGACAAUGCAAAGAGUGGCUACAAGAAGACGCCCCACAUGCAGGGAAGUAACAAUGCCAUGGGUGGUGGUUCUAUAAACGCUAUUGGAGGGGCCAAGAACCCACCGCAUCAUAGUUACAGGAGCUCACAGCAGACCUCCUUCAGCAAAAAUGUGCUUGCUCCGAAGCAGAAAGUAAUGUCCAUAUUAGAAAAAGCCAGAACUGCCAUGGAUGAGACGUAUGGUCGUGGCUAUGAUGACGGCAUUGGCUAUGAUCCGCACCAAUCGUACGAUAGCUACUCCUAUGGCAGUCAUGGUCACGGACCCCAUGGACCGCCCGGUAACAUCCUGGGCGGGGCGGGCGGCAUUGGCGGUGGCGGAGGCCGGGGUGGACACUACGAAAGCUCGGACUACGAGCCAGAUUAUGGAAGACGGGAGUACUACCAGCAUUCGCCCGGCUAUUCAGCUGGCGGCGGCGGAGGCGGAGGUCUGGGCACCGUCGGCGGUUCCCAAUCGAAUGUCAUCGGCGGCUCUGGCCUCAGUUCCAACCACAAUCGCAGCCAUGUUAACAGGUGAAACUUGCUGGACCCCAGCAGUGCCAGCGGAGGUCGAGCCACCAAUCCAGCGGCAACUCCCCAAAAUCUGAUCAUGAAAUCCCAACCCAAUAGCAACAACAACUUUUUGCCCAAUCACGGAGCAAGUGAGUGCCACACAGGCAAGAGCAUAAAUCCCAACUACUACUACAACUCCAACGGCAGUUCCAAGCAAAAUCAGCAACAACUUCAGCAAUCGCAACCAAAUCUCCCACCGCAGUUAUCAGCCCACAACAGCAGCAGCAGUAACAACCGCAACAUCAGUAACAAUAACUCUAGUAACAACAAUAAUUGCAAUAGCAACUUUCCCCCGAUGGGUGACAAAAUCUCCAACGACGUUUCGUUUCUAUCCUCCUACCGCGUUGGCCCAAUGGAUGGCCAAAAGAGUGCCAACAGCAACAACAUCAACAAUCACACACUAGGCAGUAAAAACCACAACAACACCACCACCACAACAACCGCUUCAGUGCCCAAUAUGCUAUUAGUAAGACCUGCUAAUCCUUCGCUUCACAUUGGCACAUUUCCGUUCUUGCCCGUGCAGUUUUUCUGAACCCAACAGAUACAACAACUACAACCAGAUCAGCCACAUCAACAUCACAGAAACUUUGUACACUUGAGUUCAUAAGAUUAGCGGAAGGCGUGGGAGGAGUAUUUACAAAAUGGACAAAAUGAACUUUACGAUAUAUACCACAUACAGAACAUAUACAUGACAAAUAUAUUUAUACAUAUAUUUUUGCGUGCAAGGAUGGACGUUUAAUGAGGACGAGUCUGGAUCAACAAAUCGAAACCUUACUUUCGCGUUGGCCACAGAGCACAGAUCACACGAAACUGUGUCCGUUUUUUUAUCUCUAUUUACAAACCAUCUUUAAGAUAUUCAAAGAGCCUGAACGAUUAGAGGGAGCUGUAAUCGGUGGGGAGAGGAAUCAGUAGUUAAGCGCACGGCUCAGCUCAAAGUUGGGCUGGGAUGGUCUGGCAUAUAGUUACAGAGCGAAUCCAGUCGGUACAGCAAGACAAAGCUAUGUAUAGGGACAGCAGGGACCGAGUUCCGGUCGGUCGAGACAAAAUCUAUGAGAUUAUUAACUUAAUAGAAUAUAUAAUAAUUAAUACAGAGGGCACAUUUAAACCAUAAUUUUAUUUAUAUACGCAUAUAUUUAACAAAUCUAACGAUACAGAUAAAGAAUAUAUAUAUAUACACUUGCAAAUUCUAAUAUUUACAUUAUUAACAGAGAUCGACAUGGGGUUGUUGACACGAAGUAACAGAUUAACCUUAACGAAAAUUAUCUAAUACUCGAGCAUUCAGAAUAAAAUAUAUCGAAUACUAAAGAUCUACAAAUAACUAACAAAAUACAAAAUAUAUACAAGUUUAUUGUGAAUCAAGGUCCAUAAGUGGAUAGUGCUGCAAAUGAUUACUUUAUUAAAACACCAGAUACGAAAACAAUAACUGAGUAAAGAGAAUACUUAAAGCAAAUAACAAAUACUCGAUUUACUUAUACACAAAUCAAAUACAAAGUUAUAACUAACGUAAACAAAGUAACAUUAACGUAAUAACAAUGUAAAUUAAUGUACUUAACCCAUUUAACCCAUGACGCCGGGCGAAGCACUCAACGGGGGAUUCGUUUAGCCUACUCGCUUUUCGAUCCUCAGUUGUUCAACAAUGAGUCGUCUGCUUUGUCCAGCUGUCUCCAUUAAUUAUUCACUAAACAAAACUAAACUAACAAAAGUAAACUAAAUAAUACUCUGUAAUCGACAAUUCGAUCAGUUGCCAAGCUCAAUACUUCGUUUUCUGUUUUAUUAUCUUAAUUAGUUUCUAAAUUAUAGAGGAUUCUCUGUAGAGCUUAAGUAGAACCAAGAAAGUGUGCCAAAUGUAUGAAGGAAGGAGCUCCCUUCCUGGUCUGAAAUUACCAAUUGAAAUGCCAAUUUUUAGACGUUAUCUUUUUUUAUGCGUAAACCCAUUUGAUUUUUCGAAUCGAGCGAAUCAAUUUGACUUACUAACGCAAUGGAAUAGGCAUCUACUCUAGUAAGAAUAAACGAUAUCUUGUCCAAAAAACAUUUACUUACAACCAUGUGAAACGUUAAAUUGUUGAAAACAAUUAAAAUCUAGUUUUAAAGGAAUAUCAGUAAUACAGAUAAUACAAAGGAAUUACAACCAUUUAUUACAGAUAAUUAUUGUUGUUACGAAUUAUACAGAUAACUAAUACCGAACUAUAACAAAUGCUACUUUAGGGCGGUCCGAAGCCCCAGAUAAUUAUGAUAACAAGUUAAUGAAAUAACCGAACAACAAAAACACCCCCGCCCUAACAACAAUAAGAAUAUAUACACUUAUAUGAUAUACCUACAAAUGACUUAAAGAAAUAAUAUAUUGCGAUUGAGUUAUUCUCAUUAAUUAUUAUAUGUAAAAUCACAUAACACAAGUAAUAAACAAAUGAAUAAAUAAAUAUAUUUAAAAUGUA